AUGCAGGAGCUUGAACGAACCCUUCAGACAAACUUCUGCAUUUUUCAGUUCGUGACAGAGAUCGCUUCUGGUUCCACACCUCAACUGUGCCUCGAGACACCCGAGAUCAGCAGCAGGGCCGAGGGAGAAUGCCUGAUUACCCCUCUGAACCUUGCGGUCGGUGGAGAGGACGAUUGUGAAACGGCAGACGCUUCCGUUGCUGUCGUUAGGUGUCUACUCGAAGCGGGCGCUGAUCCCAACCACCUCGGCAGUUUCAGUACCCCGCCUCUGACGAACGCCAUCUAUCGUUUCUUCGACAUGGAACCGUGCCCUUCUCUUGAUCAGAUACGCAGUAGUGACUGUUGGCAGGUUAUAUGUCUUCUGCUCGAGUCCGGCGCUCGUCUCGAUCUCGUUAACAGCCAGAGGGACUCCCCAUUGAGCCUCGCCGCGGAUCGUAACUUCGAUGCUGAAUUUGAGGGCUACGCGUAUCGCCUGCUCAAGUUCUUACUCGACAGCUCGUCACCUGAAACGCUCUCUAACGAACAUGUGGACGAUGUCAUGGUCCAAUGCUUGCUGAAAAGGGCAGAGGCGGCUCAGGUCUAUGAGGUUUACGAUCUGCUCGGACACUUUGGGGCGUCCUUAGGCAACAUAAGUUUAUCGGCAAAGCAAAACCUGGCGAAAGCUUGCAUCUCCAGGGACGACGUUUGGCUUGCGAGCUUAUGUGUCGAAGAAGAAGCCCUGCAUCAUCCGCUCAAUUUUAUCCUCCUCGAAGCCACAAAGGACAGGCCGUCGGCCGUAACUAAGUAUCUCCUAGAAGACGUGCGAGCCCCAGUCACUGCAGUCGAUUCCGGAACCGGAUCAACUGCGUUGCAUUACGCUUGCCGGAGGAACGACAAAGGCAUUGCCGCCGCUUUGAUCAAGAGAGGAGCAGAUAUCCACGCUGUUGAUCGCUAUCACAACUUCCCUCUUAGCUCGGCCAUACUGCAGCUGUCCAGAUCUAAACAAUCUGCUGACUUCAGAACUGUGCGAUUUAAUCCACCUGCUGACCUCAGAACUGUGCGAUUGUUGCUCGAACUUGGAGCUGAUCCGUUCCGUAUUCAUUCGAGUACUGGCAACUCUGAUAGCGUUGAACGCAACUGUCAUUAUGACCCGGAAGAUUAUGCGAAUCCCUGUCCUUUUGAAGUUGCUAUCAUGGAGGACCAAGCUGAUGCGAUUAAACUAAUUCUUUCCAUGCACCCACUCCCGAUACCGGCACCCGCCUAUGUCAACCAAUGUAACGAGCUGAGGGAGUCUGCAUUGACAGUACUAGGGAAGAUCCUGUCCGGCAACACCGCAGUUGAACCGGCCAGUAAUAACACCUACUCCGACAUCCAGAUAUUUACGCGCCACGGUGUCCGCGAACAUGUCGAGACACUUCCAGAUUGCGGGCGAUGGUGCGGAUGCCGCAAUUCGCGUACUUGA